CCAGUCACAGCGCGGCGCGGCUGGCAUGCGGGCUAUGAGCCGCGCGCCGCGCAGCCCUGACCUACUAACACACAUCCCUCCGCGCCGCCGCCGCACGCUCCCGCGCGGCCGCUCCGCUGCUGCUUGCACAGCGCGGCACGGCACGGCACUGCAUCGCAUCGCACGGCACCACACCGCCUCUCGCCUCCCUCGCCCGCGGCCCGGCGCGGGGCGGGGGAUGCUCGGCGCCCCGCGGUGCGCUGCAGGUUUUUAAGAAGAUCCCCAUCGCAUCUCCUAAGAAAAUUGGUUCUAGAUACAUCUGUCUGAGAACAUGAAAAUAAAGGAAGAAUGUAUGUGGAUUUAAAAUUGUUGUAUUUAUCAAGUUGUGGAGUGAGAAGUACUGGGGAAAUAGCUUGCUCUGUGGCUUUUUGUAGAUCUACUACAAAUUGUUUCUGAUGCAGCUGAGAAAAAUGCAGACCCUUAAAAAGGAACACGGACCUGUUGACACAAGUAGCAAUGUGGACAAAAUCAUAGUACUUAAGUCUUCUUUAGCAGAAGUGUCCGAAGAAUUGUCUACAAAUGAAGAUAUACUACUUACAGAAGCAAGUAGUGGAAAAAGUAAAUCUUCAGCUUGCCGGAGGAAGCGAGAAUUCAUUCCAGAUGAAAAGAAAGAUGCUAUGUAUUGGGAGAAAAGGCGGAAAAACAAUGAAGCUGCCAAAAGAUCUCGUGAAAAACGACGGCUGAAUGACCUUGUCUUAGAGAACAAACUAAUAGCACUGGGAGAGGAGAAUGCCACUUUGAAAGCAGAGCUGCUUUCGUUGAAGCUGAAGUUUGGUUUAAUUAGUUCUGCAGCCUAUGCCCAAGAGAUACAGAAACUCAGUAGCUCAACAACUGUGUAUUUCCAAGACUAUCAGAGUUCCAAAUCAAAUAUCCACUCAUUUGUAGAUGAGCACGAACCAUCUAUAGUUGGUAGCAGUUGUAUUUCUGUCAUUAAACAUUCUCCUCAAAGCUCAAUAUCUGAUGUGUCUGAAAUACCAUCCGUAGAGCAUACUCAACCAAGUCGUAUGCAAAACAACUGCAGAAGUCCCGAAAAUAAAUUCCAGAUUAUAAAACAGGAGCCUAUGGAAUUAGAGAGAGAGCCAAGAGAGGACAGAGGUUCAUACAAAGCAUCCAUAUAUCCAAACUAUAUGGGAGCUACCUUUAAUGUGUACUCACAUUCUCCUCCUCUCCUGCAAGUUAAUAGGUCCUCCAGUAACUCCCCCAGAACAUCUGAAACUGAUGAUGGUGUAGUUGGAAAGUCAUCCGAUGGAGAAGACGAACAGCAGGUUCCUAAGGGUCCAAUCCAUUCCCCAGUUGAACAUAAAAAUGUUCAUGCAACAGUUAAAGUUCCAGAAGUGAAUUCUUCAGCUUUGCCUCACAAGCUUCGAAUUAAAGCCAAAGCCAUGCAAGUUAAAGUGGAAGCAAUGGAUAAUGACUAUGAUACAACACAGAAGUUGUCAUCCCCCAUUGACAUGUCCUCAAAACGACAUUUUGAGCUUGAAAAACAUGGUGCACAAAACUUGGUGCAUUCUUCUCACACUCCUUUCUCAGUUCAAGUGACUAACAUCCAAGACUGGUCACUUAAACCAGAACUCUGGCAUCAGAAGGAACUCAAUGUAAAAAUUCAGAGUGGUUGCAAAACUGGAGUUGGUGAAAUAAAAGACAAUAUCUACAAUGUCUCCGAGUCAGAGAACCUGUAUUUGAAGCAGGGCAUAGCCAGCUUAUCUGCAGAGGUUGCUUCGCUUAAAAGACUUAUAACAACACAACAAAUCUCUGCAUCAGACUCUGGUUAAGUUACUACUGAAUAAAGGCUUACUGUUUUAAAGGAUGUCAUUUGCAGUAGAUCAAAAUGUUUUGUAUUAUGCUGAAUUUUCACUGGACUUGUGAUGUCAUUUCACUGUAAUGUUCACAUAAAGUCUGAUUGGUGUCUUUUUGUGCACAAGUUAUUAUGAAGACUAGGUUGUGUUAUGAUCACUAUGCCUUGUGUAUAGUCAAGUAGCCUGUACAAAGGCUGUAUAUAGUGAACUUUAUUUUCUUUUGUUCUUCUACUUAAAGCGUGCAAGUUGCCAGUUACAAUAAAAUAUGGGUGACAAACACAGAACAUCUACUCCAGUUCAGUUGAUUUUAUGAACUUGUAAAUAAGUUGUUAAUUAAAAACUGGCUUUUUCUUACACUGUGCUCAACUUCACUUACGUGAUUGGUUUUUACAGCCUAACAAACAACCAAAUUGCAAUUUACGUGUGUAAUCCUUCUGGCCACCUUUUUCCUUAACACAUUUUUUAGAACAGAGUAGAAAUAAAGUGAAUAUUUAUAAAUAAGACAGUACCAAUUUAUAGCCUUAGCCUUCUUUAACUUAUUUAUUAGUGAAAGUUAACCAAAAACCACACAAAUUCAAACCCAGUAACUGGGUCAGUCUCGGAUGAGACACUAUUGAGUUUCCCGAAUGGUUUAUGGUGACCAGCCAUUUUUUCAAUAUUGUAACUCGGUGUUUUAGGUGAGAUUAGUUAAGUUGGAUAUAUGUAUCUGCAAAGUUUUCAGAGCCUUGCAGUGACAGAAUUGGGCACCGCCAUCUCUGUCAAGGGGCAGCCUGUGGGCGCAAGGGUUGCAGGCACAGGAGGAAGUACAGACAGCGGCUGUGCAGAAGAGCCUGUAUCUUUUGCAUGCCAUGGUUCUUUCCGGGGCAGAUGGUGGGCUGCCUGAAGGAGACAGAGGAGGCUACUUCAUCUGUGAACCCUGAGCUCAGCUAGGCAAGUGUAAGGGGCAGGCAGGAGCAGUAGCAGAGCGGGAGGAGAUCUUCCACAAUCUUAGUUCCCAGUGUGGGACAUAAGGCAGUUAUAAGCAUGAAGUAAGACUUGCCACCGAUUUAGCCUUGGUUUCAAUGGCUUAAUUAUUCUAACUGGAAUACCCUGGCUUGUUAUGGGGUGUUUUGUGAGAACUGAAAUGUAUAGUAGAGACUACCUGAAGAGCUGCACAACCCAGAUAGGACGAGCCCCUUACAAAUCAUGCAGAUGAUAAGUUCUUCACUUGAUGACCGGACAGGGCUGCGCUGCUCUUGGUCUUUGAAAAGAUCCAUGGAACCAUGGAGAGUAGCAUUGCAUCACACAUCUGUCCUUGGUGUGGCUUACCAAAGUCUUUAGUUUUAAACUUAAAAAUAAUUUAUAAAUAGAGCAUAGACUUGGCAGAGGUUCUUUUCAUGAUAAUCCCCCUUCUGUUAACAUACUACUACAUCAGACUAACACGUAAGCUUUUUCCGAAAAGGCUUUUUAUUAAUUGCCAUACUGUAUAAUGAAUGGAACCUUUCCAUGGACUUAAAAUACUAAGAUAGAAAACAAUAUGUAGGUAUUGUUUUUUAAAUUCAUACUUGACUUGAGAGGAAGUUUGUCAAUUCUUUGGGGAUAUGAAGAGGAGUCCGAGUCACUCCCAGUAGCUCUGAAGCUUGGUCCAGCAGUCAAGGCAACGGCAAGCCUCCCUGAUGUCAGCAAGGCCAGGAUCCGAUCCCGCACCUUUUCAGGAGCUGGUGGUGAUGCACAGCCCUGUUUGGGAGGACCUUGGCACAGAAACCACUGGUACUUUCUGAGCUUUUUGGAGCCCUUCAACUGCUGUGCUGUAUUUGUGGCAUUCAGAGUUAAUAAACUGUUAUUCUUUUUUUCAUGCCUUAAUAAUACAAUAGACCCCGUAGCAGGGCUCUGUAUGUAUUUGGUAAUUAAUAUAGAUGACAUUUCAAUGUUACUGAAAAUAAGCUCAGGAUUAUUGCAUGAAAUGUAAAAAUUUGCAUUGAAUGAUGGGGAUAUGAGACAUGAGGCAGUGAUUGCUACUGUCUCCUUGCUUGCUAAGUAUCUUCUCUAAGCAACAAUAAAAUUCUUUAAAUAUUUUGCAUAUUAUUUAUCACAUGUAAUGUGUUCAAGGAGAGGACUUAAAACUCUCAGUGUUGCCAUCUGUGUAAGCCUAGAUCUGUUGGGUUUUUUUCCAUUUCUUGUUAGAGUUGUUUGUCAUAAUGGAAGAAUGUUGUCCUCUUUCUAGCUCAUUAUAUAUUUUGUGUAUCUGUUUUGUGCAAUUAAUACUUAACAGUAAUGAUGUAGUUAAUUUGUUGAAGGAUGUCAUUGCAAGAAAGUUAUAGCAUGAAGCUUAGGAGCACAAUCAGAUGUUAUUUAUACUCCCUUUAUACCUUAGUGUUAUGCUUCAUUUGAAGAAAGAAAUAAAUAAUUUGUCUUUUGUUCAAAACCA